UCUCAGCGUGCAGGCUAUAACUUUACUUUUCUUUUUCUUUCUUUUUUUAACCGAGCCGAGCAGGAACCGAGCCCGCCGUUAUUAUGGGAGUUUGUUGAAACAGUGCUGUGGCUGGAGGAGUGUAAAUGGCUGAGAGAGGUCGACGGACGACUUGAGAGACAACUUGCAAGAUGUCGCACUUUGUGGAAGCCUAAAAAAGGAGUAUUUGCUUUUGUUUUUUACUGUUAGCGUGACAGGAGGUGGUGAAAGAGUAGGGGAGAGGCUGCAGCUCAAGGAGGAUCUGGUGUUGGUUUGUUCCUCCGGCUCGGAGAGAAAUAGUGGGAUCUUCCUGCCCCUCUGUGUUUCUCAGACCUGCGGAGACGGAGGCCGUCUUCUGUUUGGACAUCUGUCCAUCUCUUUUUUUUCGUCUCUCAUAAGUUUCUUCUGUAGCCGCCAUCAUUCUGUGCUGUGGGGCCGACCCCAAGAUGUCUUCUAAUGGAGACCUAAGUGAGCUGGGGAGCUCUGAGAGCUUCUGGGAGCCGGGGAACUACAAAAGGACGGUAAAGCGGAUUGACGAUGGCCACAGGCUGUGCAAUGAGCUAGUCACCUGCUUCCAGGAGAGAGCCAAGAUAGAAAAGCACUACGCUCUUCAGCUGAGUGACUGGGCCAAGAGGUGGAGGGUUGUUGUGGAGAAAGUGUCGGUGGAGUCAACUAAGAAGAGUUACCAUCAGGCCAAGAAAGAGGAGUGGACGGCGGCUAACAGGGAGGCGCACGCCAAGGCUGACCCGACCAAGUCACAAGAGGAAGUUCGCAAAUACACAACCCGGGUGGAGCGCUGCAACCAGGACACCGAGAAAGUAAAGGAGCGCUACUCCAAGGCCUUGGAGGAGCUGAACCGCUGUAACCCCCGCUACAUGGAGGACAUGGAGCAGGUGUUCGACUUAACCCAGGAGGCUGAGCGCAAGAGGCUGUGUUUCUUUAAAGAUGUCCUGCUCGACAUCCAUACACACCUUGACCUAUCCUCCAAAGACAGCUUCAAAGCCUUGUACCAGGACCUGGGCCAGACCAUUCGUGCAGCCAACGAAACUGAAGACCUCAGAUGGUGGAGGAACACCCACGGACCGGGCAUGAGCAUGAACUGGCCCCAGUUUGAGGAGUGGUCUCCAGAGGCAAGUCGCUCCAUCAGCAAGAGGAUGCACAGUGGAAACUCUGAGGAGAACGUGGUGACCCUCACCAACAUCGUCUCCUCUGCUGGAGACAAUGUCCCACCGAGUCCCAUUACCCUGGACACCAGCAGGGUGAAAGAUUAUUCAUCAGACUGGUCAGAUGAUGAAAGUCCAAAGAAGGUGGCGGUAAAUGGCGUCGGGGAGGAGGAAGAAGAGCAGGUAGAGGGAGUGCGAGUCAAAGCACUCUAUGAUUACACGGGCCAGGAAGCCGAUGAGCUCAGCUUUAAAGCAGGGGAGGAGCUACUGAAGCUGGGAGAAGAGGACGAGCAGGGUUGGUGUAAAGGACAGCUGAGCAAUGGCCAGAUUGGCCUCUACCCUGCCAACUACGUGCACGUCAUUGCGUCCUGAUGGCCCCCCUCUAUGGCCACCCAAUAGCAACGCUGCAAUCAAGAUACCAGGACUAAUUAAAAGGUGUUAGUGCUGAACAGUAGACCCGCCUUUUUUGAAAACAGCCUGGGUUGUUUUGUGUUUUUUUUGUUGCUGACUGUAAAAAAAAAAAAGAAAAAAAAGAAAAGAAAAUGUAAGCAUGUUUUUGUAAAUUCAACCAGUGCAAAGAUUUCCUUAUUCGUGAUGGAUUGUUCAAUCAACAAGACGUCAGCGGCACAGUCGAUUGGUAGAAGCUUUAGCUUCAAGCAGAGAAGCAUCGAGAGGCUUGCCAAACAAACUGUAAACAUGCAUGUUUGUUCUGUCAUAUCUUUGUUUUCUAAGAGGAUGUUUUAUUGGACAACACACGUUUAGUCCAAAAAGAAUAAGAAUGGGUGGAGAUGAGGUGAGCAGCAGCCAUUACAGCUGGCUCACUCACAAGAUUUCAGUGUAGGUUUUGAGUUUUCUUGGAUCCAGCAUCCAGGGGCCAUCACCAGGAACUCCACAGCUUUCUCUGCUCAGCUGUGGUGACUGCUGCUGUUUCAAAUGACAAAACCCAGUUAAACACUGACUGUGCCUUAGUCGAUAAGGUCUGAAAUAUACAGCGCCACCCUACUGUCUGACUGAAUUGCACCCUGGAUAUGUGCAGCACCGCGCUACUCUGAUCGAGGAAUUACAGCCUGCAACUGCGCAAUGCUGCCCGGCUUUCUGAGUGAGAGAUUACAGCUGUCUGCUGUAUAAUGGGCUCAUGGCCUCCUUCUAAACAUGGAAAAAACCUUUAAAACUUCGGGUACAUUACAGUAAAUUUAAUUAUGCAGGCAGCACUUGAUUGGCUUUCAUUUAGCUUGAUAUUUGUGGGCUUUGGUUACUUUUUAGACACUUUUUUUUAUGUGACAGCUGUUUUUUUUUCUUGUUUUUUUUGUUUUUGUUUUUCCAUAUUAAGUCACGCGAGUUUGCAGCUAAACAGUUGCUCCCCCCCCUCUAAUCAUUAGACAGAUCAAAGCAGUAACGUCGACUGUUACCUCUGGGUCUUUUUAAUCUAUACAUGUUUUUCUGUUGCUAGUCUGAUUCGCUAUGCUGGGAUCACAAUGCAAAAUCAUCUCAGACACAUAAAAACAAAAAAGUAAUAAGUUAAAUUUUUUUUUCUUUUAUUAUGUCAGGUUUGGGGUUUUUUCAUGUUUAAAUUUGUGUCUUACAUACAAGGAAGUCUCUUCUUUCCCUGUUAAUCUUAUCCCUGCUACAGCUAACCCACAUAGAUGCUAAAAUAGAAGAUAUUAGAUCUACUACAUUGGUCUGUGGAUUCUUUCUUUUUCUUUCCAUAAUUGUAACAUAUACAUAUACAGUACUUACAGGGAGAAGCAACAAUAAAAAGCUUUCUACAGCUGAA